AUGAUAAUGAUGAGCAGAGAUGGCAACCGCGAUAGAGGUAGAAGAAAUAGAGGCCCAGUUAUUGAGGAGAAACUCUUGGAAUUGAAACUCCACCUCUCUGAACCAACAUGUCCGUCACCGUCAUUAACCUUGUCGCCGCCGGAAAUAUUAAUUGGGCUUCCGUCGUCGCCGCUUUUCUUACUCAAUUUCCUGAAGAAUUUCAUCGCAAAACUUAAAGCCCACAAAUCUGUGUGUUGGGUUUUCUAUGAAACAACAAAAAGAAAAACCGAAAUAAACUACUACAUCAUGGCCGCCCGCGCAUCCUGCCCGGAUUUGCGAAGUGAUUCGAACGGAUUUGUGUCGCAUGCAUUGUCGGCGGUGGAAGAAAGGAACUGA